GAAGGACUCUACAAGAAGGAGCAAGCUUUAGUCACGAUAUUACAGAACUCAGCAAUUUUCUACGACUAUUUGUUAUUAUAAAUACAUAUGGAUUUCAGUCAGGACUUCUGGCGUUGGCACUAAUUCCAGUUUUUGCACGGAAGUUUUUUGAACGUUGUUUAUAUUAUUUAUAUAUAUAUUUUUUACUCCGGAUAUCAUUGAUAAUGAUCCUGGAGGUUGUAACUGCAUCAGCGUCGAUCUACCUCCAUUAUGUCUUUGUGGAUAAUGUGAAAGAGCGUGACGCGCUGACCUGUGCGACUGCAUUCCUCCACAUCUUGACCAUGAUAACACUGUUUAUAGAGUAUUUCUCAGGUCGAGUAUCUGACUCCAGAAACACUGGAACACAGCAACGUUUGUCCCAUUUGGUUGUGUUCAUGUUUGGCUCAGUGGUGGUGGUUCUUGUGAACGCGGUUGUGUUAUUAGUGGAGCUGAUCCUAAAAGCGCAAACUGGCCAGCGUACAGUGGAUCUGCGCGUCGUUCUCCUACCGACUGAAUGCGUCUUUGCUGUGUGCUGCCUUGCUUUACAAAUAUCUGCUUUCUGGAAGAAGAACAGAGAAGGAUUUAGAGAAUACAUCAACUCGCUGGGACGAUCGUGUGGGUGUAAACAGAAACACAGGGACUCACCUUCACAAUGUGAUGAACGUGAACUUGAGAAUCUGGCUCCUGAAGCUCAGCCCUCAGGGUCUUAGCAGAAAAGCAGAACGUACGGCGGUUUGGUGUUCUGGAGCACUCGGGUGUAUCUCUACAUCACGCUGAGAAGAAAGGACAUCAUCCAUGACCUGAACAGACUGGACGCACUCGUCUGAUCACCUCAGGGAUUGUUUUAAAGAUGCUAGUAAUGUGUUGUAUAUAAAUAUAUAUAUAUUUUUUUUUUACGAUCUUUUGUGUGACACUUAAAUGUGAGUUUCUUGUCUUCAUGUUUGCGCCUCCUGUAGAAUAGUUUUUAUUAUCUAAUUUCUCGAUAUAAUGUCUGGAUUUAUUCAUUUAUUACCCGUUUUGAGACAUUUUAUUUUAUUGUUUUUUAUUGUUUAUUUUAUUUAGAUGCUCAGAGUUUAUAUUUUUAUACAGUACACAUAAAUCAGAUGACAUAUUAUAUAAGAGUGAUGCUGGAAAGGUACUAUAAGUAAUGCAUUUCUAUAAUUGUAUAUAACAUUUCUUUAUUAUUUUUGUUUAGUUCUUUUGCAUUUCAAGAGUUAAGUCUGAUUGCAGCGAGAUUGCAGAACCAAUCAGUGUUCGCCUGAAGGUCGGUUAAUGCACAGCGCUGUAGAUAAUCAUGACCUGCAGUUAGCUUCAUGGUGGACAUGAAGGUAUCAGUGGGUACAACACAAGGUACAAGUCAGUCCUUAGUAUCUCCUAGACCAGUCGAGUUCUCAGAGCCGCUCCAAACACGACUGCACCAAUUAAAUAAAUAAAUAAACAUUAUUUAAAAUGUUACAGUCCCUGAGGGAACCUGAAAGCUUGAACUGGAAACACCCAGAACCUUCUUGGUUUUGGGUUCCUUUAGAUCUACAUCUGUGGAGGACUCAACGGAAAUGAGUGCCUUUUCACGGCUAAGUGUUUCGACCCUCAUUACGAUCAGUGGAUGCAAAUCGAACCGAUGCCCAUCCAAAGCAGUGUCGUGGGCGUCAUCACUCUGAACAACCAAGUGUUUGCGGUAAGAACUUCCAGCGCUGAGAGUCAGUGAAGUUUCUGUAAUCGCUCUGUAAAGGAUGGGAAGGAGGCGUGUUUCUGUUAGCACGGUUUGUGUUAUUUUAUUAAUGCACAUCGAUCGAGAUAAGAUGUAUGGUUUUACAGAUCGGGGGUUGUGAUGAAGCCCACAGUCCAAAGAGCGUCGAAGCCUACAACCCUCAUACCAACUCCUGGAGAAUGCUUGCCUCCAUAUUUUAACCCACGAAGGAACUUUGGCGUCGAGGUAACGCACCAAACACCACAUGGCUAACUAAUUUAUCGUUUCUUUUACCGAGGCUGGAUUCAUCAGACUUCCUAACUCCAAGCACUGGAAUGAAUUAAUGAAAUUAGUCGUGUACCUCUUCACCAUGACGCCGCCUUCUUCUUCUUCUUCCAGGUGAUGGACGGCCGCUUGUACGUGGUUGGCGGCUAUAGCGACGAAAGCACCACAUCCAACUGCGAGUACUACGACGAAGAGAGCGAUGACUGGUACGAGACGUAUAGUGUCAGGUCCAGAAAUCUGCCGUUCUGGAGUUAAGAUAUAAAUCGAAACCAGGAUCAGAACUGUAGUGAUGUCUAGUGAUGUUUCCUUGAAAUCCUAAACUCAUGGUAUUAAGUGAGGUAGAAAACAUGACAUGACGUGCUGUUAAUUAUGACCUUCUCUAGACACGGAGCUUUUAAAAACACUAUUAAACCAUAUCCCAUUGGCAGAACCUCUGUCUCCGGCUGUUUUAUUUUGAACGAGUUUAUUCGUGGAACCGUUCCGGAGAGGUGAAGAAAAUGAUGUGGCCUUCGUUCUCCAUUCCGUACAGAUGGAAAGAUGUGACAGACGUUAUUUUAUUAUUAUUUUAUUUUCUAUUUUGUAGUAAAGCUCUUUGGUGUGAACUGGGAAAUGUUCCUUUGUAUAAACUGUGCAGGUUUUUGUUUUUGCUGCAAAACAACUUCAAUAAAUAAAUAAAUAAAUACAUAA